AUGGCAGAGAAGGACGACGUCAUAGAGAUAUCAAUGGAGUACCUGCUGAAGAAGUACCUGCUGCUGCUGGCCACCCUGGUGGCGACGGUGACCUACGCGGCGGGGCUGACCCAACCGGGGGGCUCCUGGCCGGAGGACUCGCCGGGAGGGCGGACGGCCGGCGACUCCAUCCUCCGGGUGACCAACUACAGGCGCUACAUCGUCUUCUACUGCUUCAACGCCAUCUCCUUCGCGGCGUCGCUCGUGGUGGGCCUCCUCCUCCUCGUCCUGCGCAAGGGCAUCUCGGUGCUCCUGCUCCACCUCAUGCAGACGGUGAUGGUGGUCGACCUGCUCGGCCUCGUGGGGGCCUACGCCGCCGGUAGCAGCCACGACAGGUUCACCACCGUCUGCGGCGCCGCCGUGCUUGUGUCCGGCGUCGUCGCCUACGCGGCCGUGAGGAUCCUUUCGUCAGCCAGGCGCAGGCGCCGGACCCAGACCCCGGCGGAGGCGGCGAAAAAGGUGGCCAAGGAGGAGGCUGAGGCGGCGAAAAUGCCGGCAAGCGAGCGCGAGAUCCUGCUGGUGCUCGCCAUCUUCGCGGCGACCGUCACGUACGUGGCCGGGUUGAACCCGCCCGGCGGCUUCUGGCAGACCACGGAGGAGGGCCGCCACACCGCCGGCGACCCGGUGCUGCAGCGCCUCCAUCCCGGGCGCUACAGGACCUUCUUCUUCUGCAACACCACCGCCUUCAUCGCGUCCCUGCUCGCCAUCAUGCUCGUCGUGGACCACAGGAAGUUCCACAUCAUCCAGGCGAAGUUGUUCCGGGUGUGGUACGUUGCCCUGUACGGGUUCAUCCUCACAGCGCUCUUGGGCCUCGGUGGCUCCUACGCCGCGGGGAGCUGCAGGGACAGCAAGCACACCAUCUAUGUUCUCAGCCUAGUCGCCCCAGUGGUUGCCUGCCUUGUCCUCGCAUGGCUUCUUGUCGACAAUCAAGGCACCAACCACGGCAGGGACGACGGUGAUGGAAAAAAAUAUGACGAUGUGAACAAGAUUCGUGAUUGCAUUCAGUUGCUUGCCACUCUUGCGGCGACCAUUGCUUACCAAGCAGGAGUGGAUCCACCUGGUGGCGUCUGGUCAGAGGACGGCGCGGGUCACAGCGUAGGAGACCCCAUCCUCCUCACCACGCACCCUGGGCGGUUCGAGGUCUUCUUCUACUUCAACUCGGCAGCCUUCGUGGCAUCCCUAGUCAUCAUGGCGAUGUUGCAGAAGGAAUCCCUGAUUAGGCUCCACGUGCUGGAGAAGGCCAUGGUACUGGAUCUGUUUGCCCUCAUAGGCGCAUACGCUGCUGGAAGCUGCAGGGACACGAGCACCUCCAUUUACACGGUCGCCAUGGCCGGAGCUGUCCUCAUCUACGUGGUGAUCCACAUCGUCUUCUUCCAAGUAGACCAGAACGGCAGCGGCCGACAUAAGGAGCUGGACCAGUACCGUGAGGUUCUGCUGCUUCUUGCAACCCUGGCGGCGACACUCACCUACCAGGCCGGCCUGACCCCGCCGGGCGGCUUCUGGGAGAAAGACGACAGCAAGCUUGGGCACCGCGCCGGCUUCCCGGUGCUCCAAGACAAGUACCCUCGCCGCUACAAGGCGUUCUUCUACUGCAACGCGGCGAGCUUCAUGGCAUCCGUUGCUCUGAUCAUCCUCCUCCUGAACGCAAAUCUGUACAGGCCAGGCAUCCGGUGCUACGCGCUCUAUGUCUGCAUGGUAGCCGGCAUGUUCGGCCUCAUGGCCGCCUACGCCGCUGGAAGCUCCCUGCACCUACGGACCUCCAUCAUUGCCCUAGCACUGGUCAUUGCAGUUUUUGUAGCCCUAGUCUGUAUGGCAAUCAGGCUUUAUCAUUUGAGCAAGAAAGAUGGGCUGUCGCCGUCGACGCGGGAAGAAGCCGCCACGACGACGGCAACGGACGAUAAGCCGAAGAAGAAGGAAGACGACGACAUGAUGCAGGAGUAUCUGAUGCUGGUAGGAAUACUGGGCGCGAGCACGACCUACCUGACGGGCCUCAAGCCGCCCGGCGGCAUGUGGAAGGACGACGACGGUGGCAAUGGGCACGCCGCCGGCAACCCGGUCCUCUACGACAUCAGCAGGCGCCGGUACAAUGCUUUCUUCUACAGCAACUCCACUGCCUUCAUGGCCUCCAUUGUCGUCAUGGCCUUGCUGCUCUUGCGGAUGAUGUGCCAGUGGCUGCCUGGCCACCGUCACCAGCUGCGUCUUUGGCCGAUGCACACGGCCAUGUUCCUGGGCAUGGCCGCCCUGCUGGUAGCCUAUGCGGCAGGCAGCGCUCGGGACGCGUGCACAUCCUGGAAGGUCAUCGUGCUGCUCGUCCCCAUCGUCGCCUUCGUUAUGUGUCUCUUCGCCUUCUACAAGAAGAAACAAGAAGCAAAAGGAGAGACAGAAGAAGAAGAAGAAGCAAAAGGAGACGCAGAAGAAGAAGCAGGGACACUGCAACGAAGAAGUUAA